CUCCAAGUAGGUAUAACUGCGGAGUGUCUCGGCGGUAGAUCUAUGAGCGAAGAAACCAGCGGCUGAAUUUUAUGCAGUCAACCGAGACUGAGAGAAACCAUGCUGGAAUACAAUUCUGAAGUCACAUGUACGAGUCACAUCAGCUGCCAGUCUCUUGGGAGACAGGGGUAAUGGUUUUAAGCGCUUUAGUGAUUCCAGAAAGUCUAAUUGGAGUUUGCUACAUGGAUAAUCCAUAAACGGAGGAAUGUGUUCUUUAAAAUAAGUGUCUGUUUGCCUACAAGGAUCUGAUAUCUGUUCACCUUUGACCUCUUUGAGGACAUAAUUGAAAUAUGGCAAGGUCCCGGUGACCUCAAGUAUAACUGAAAGAAGUAUACCUGAAAGAAUUAAUGACAGGGUGUUAACAUCACAUUUAAAACCAAAGAUACCUGGAAUAUAACCAUCUUCAUUUGCAAAGAAGUAACCAUGGCAAUCAAAUAUAAAGUCCAAUGGAAAGUAUCCAUGGAAACCACAAACUCUAUCUGGCUCUUAUUUGGGACCAUAUGGAUUAUUUUGACUGGAGUUUUACAAGCAACCACGGCGAGUGAAGAUGAUGUCACAGCACGCAUCAGUUUCAAAUACAAUGCAGAAGGACGUUCAGUGAGAGAGUUCUCUGUGGAUGGUGUGUAUAACUAUUCAACCCUUCUGCUGAGCCCAGAUGAAAACAAAAUCUACGUGGGAGCCAGGGAGAACAUAUUCUCUCUCAGCCUGGACAAUAUCAGCGUGACGUAUCUACAGAAAACACUCACAUGGAGCACUCCAGAAAAGAAGAGGCAAGAGUGUAUCUUUAAGGGAAAGGGCCCCCAGACUGAUUGUUUCAACUACAUCAAGAUUUUACUGCGUCUGAACAGCACACACCUGUAUGUGUGUGGAACAUAUGCCUUCAGUCCCAGCUGUGCUUACAUUAACAUUUCAAGUUUCUCUCUGGAAAGAGAUGAAAAGGGGGAACACAUUAUGGAGGACGGACGUGGACGCUGUCCAUUUAAUCCAGAAUACAGAUCUACAGCUAUUGCAGUGGAUGGGGAACUGUACACUGCUACUGUCAGUAACUUCCAGGGAAAUGAACCCACCAUUUAUAGGAGUCUAGGGUCUAGCACCCCUCUCAAAACGGAGAACUCUCUCAACUGGCUCCAGGACCCAGCAUUUGUAGGUUCUGCUUAUAUUACCGGUUCAGACAGCGAGAGAAGUGAUGAUCAGAUCUACUUUUUCUUCAGCGAGAUGGGGAAGGAGUUCGACUUCUUUGAUAACACCAUAGUGUCCAGGAUUGCACGUGUGUGUAAGGAGGAUCAAGGUGGAGAGAGAGUUCUGCAGAAGAAAUGGACCACAUUUCUGAAAGCUCAACUCUUGUGUUCGCUACCGGACGAUGGCUUUCCUUUCAACAUCAUACAAGAUGUAUAUGUGCUUCCAGCCCAACAAAAGAAAAACACACUCCUCUAUGCAGUCUUCACUUCUCAGUGGAGUAAAGGUCUAGCAGGCAGUUCAGCAGUCUGUGUGUUCAGCAUGGAUCAGGUAGAAAAAGCGUUUUCUGGUCGUUACAAAGAGGUGAACCGAGAGACACAGCAGUGGUACACACACACUCACUCUGUACCUGAACCACGACCUGGAAUGUGUAUUACUAAUGCUUCAAGGCAGCUGGGAAUAGACUCAUCCCUUGAUAUGCCAGAUAAGGUAUUAAACUUUGUGAAAGACCACUUCCUGAUGGACAGUCCUGUCAAAAGUCAGCUAGUGCUCUUCACACACUCUGUGCACUACACACAAAUUGCUGUGCACCACGUGCAAGGCCUCCACGCAGCUUACGAUGUGCUGUUCAUCGGGACAGAUGAUGGACGUUUGCAGAAGGCUGUGAAUGUAGCCGGUAUGAUGCACAUCAUUGAGGAGAUCCAACUGUUCCCAGAGCAACAACCUGUACAAAACAUAGAGAUGGAUUCAGCUAAGGGUUUGUUAUUUGUGUCGUCACAUUCUGGUAUUGUGCAGCUGCCAGUAGCAAACUGCAGUUUCCAUAACAACUGUGGCGAGUGUGUUUUGGCCAGAGAUCCAUACUGUGCCUGGACAGGCACACACUGUACUGACGUCACACGUGUCCCACCACAAGACCAAUGGCAGCAGGAUAUCGAGAAGGCAGACACUUCAAAAUGUAAAAGUACAAUGUUCAGUGUGGUGUCUGAGAGCUCAGUGUUACCACGUUCUUUCCCAAGUUCCCAAGAUUCUGCUUGCGAGCUCAUUAUCGUCCCAGCUAAUACUCUUCGUCUGCUGCCCUGCAUUCUUCGCUCCAACCAUGCUGAAAGGAAAUGGUCAUAUAAACCAGAUGCAGGCCACUUCCUGUUCCCAAGCCCAGAUGGUGGGUUGGUAGUCAGCAGCCGUGCAGGCAGCGAUGAGGUCUUCUCGUGUUGGUCAGAAGAACAUGGCUUCAGGCAACUCUUGGCCAACUACUGUGUGAAGGCAGAGCCUUUAUCGGAGAAUACAACCAAUACGGGGCGGAUGGAUGCACAUCUUAUAAUCCAAAGCAUUUCAUCUGACAUCUUGUCCAGCGAAUCGGCACACUCCGCUCAACUGCGCAUAAAGACAUAUGGCACAGAGCUGGCAGUAGUGUGUGUGCUGUUAGCUGUAUGUGUGCUUUCGUUCGGGCUGUCGGUAGCAUAUCGACACAGGGGCUGGAUGAAGGAGGUACUGAGAGGAGGAGAACAAACUGGAGAAGCCCAAAAGAGCACAGUCAGGCCUGGGGAGAGUUUACCCCUCAAUACAAGUGUGCUUCCAACAUCCCCAUCCGACCACAGAAGCUACCAGACGUUGGAGGAAAACUGUGGCUACAUAAUUGCUCCAUCAGAGACAAGCACGCAGCACAACUCCAAGGAAGCACAGACACUCACCCAAACACCACAGAAUGGCUUUAAAGAGACUCAUGUGGAAGUCAGUGACAUUAGCCCUCAGCCACGUGUACGAUUGGGCUCUGUGAUAAGAGACUCUGUGGUUUAAAAUCCAAUUAAUUUACAUAAUUGACGUAUUAACAGUCUUUAACUGUUUAUGUUCACUUGGUACAUUCAAUGGGCAGCUUUCAUGAAGACAAAGUGUACUGAGCCCUAAGUACAAGAGAAUAGAUGGGACAUGCUCAGUGUGUGAAUUGCAAAAUUAUAGUUGCUUAAGACAAUGCCCUCAAAUCUACUCUCACAUCUACUUCACUCUUUAAUCUUAAACUUUAAGUAAUGACAGUUUAUUGUGUUAAUAUGGAAAGAGCGCUAAUAAAUUAAAGAUCAGAAACAACAAUCCAAGCUAGAGUGGACCAAAUGGAUGAAAAGGAGAGAGAAGGGCAAUGAGCCUUGUGUUGUAUGGCUAGUACUGGUGCUAUUACCACUGCAAAGAGUAAUGAUGCUUCACUCAAGGUGAGAGGACUGUUCUAUAUGUCUGUUUGUAUUCCUUUGCUGUUUUUGUGCAGAGGUUUAAUGCAUAAGUGUUUAAUGGGGUACUUUCAUUUUAAAAUUUGUUUAUGAAACCCAUAACCCAUGCUCUGCAGUUUUUCAUUAUACCAGGAUUAAACACCAGGCAGUUCAGACCAGAUAGCUUGUAAGUGUUAUAGAACUUUCUAAACAUUUUAGAAAUCUGUUGUUAUUUUUAUUUGUUCCUUUUUUAAGAUUCUAUUUUUGGUCAUUUUUUUUUUUUUAAUUUCUUGGUCCUUUUUGGGAAGUAGUAUGUUUGUGUUUUCCAUUCUGUUAUUCAAAUGUGUUCAUGUUAGUAAAGUGCCUGGUGUUAAAUAAUGGUAUGUGUAUGGAAAUAUUAAAUGUGGAGUAAUAAUGAAAAUUUCUUUUAGAUAAUAUGUAGCAUACGUGUAUGAACAUUAAGAAUCUUUGAAUGUACAUUUGAACCACAAGCUUGGGAUUCUGUUUUGCUUCACAGGUUGGUGGUUAUUGUGUUUGGUGUAGACAUGGUCUAAACAGGCAGAAUGAAACUGUACAAUAAUACAAAAUAAUUAUAUUACAGUAUAAAUGGUCUGUUUGGCAUCUGGUAAAGAGAUAUUGGACGAAUGGUUUAUACAGUGAGAAAAGUGCUCUAGUGGGAAAAAGCUGAAAAUGUCUGUACAUUUGCAAUCUGUUUUUUAGUGUAAAAAUAAAGUUAAGUUCAAUUAUGGGUGAUCCAGUCUUCAGACACACCCAUGCACUAACAUUGCUAUUUUAGACUUCUGUUCCACUUGGAAAAAUCUUUUUAAUCCACAUUAACCGUGACACGUUUGAUGCUGUUUAAUCAUGUGUUCCAUUCCACUGUUUUUUAGAUUGUGUGUUUUGAAUGAAAAAUGUAAAGUAGAUUGUGAUCUUUUAUACUUUGAUAUUGUUUUACUGUUGUUUUACAUUGUACAUUCACGCACUUUAUUUAUUUUUCUACCAGUAUUUGUAAGCUGUAAGUGAGGUAGGCCACUGUCAACAUCCUGGUUUAAUUUUGUAGCCAAGGUUUGUACAUUAAUGAAGAGAUGGAAAUAGGUCUGAAAAUGUGUCUCCACUGUCUGACAUGCAAAAUAAAAUUUUGCAUAAA